GCAGGACCAUGGCGGAGCAGGGAAACAGGGCUGUUUUAAUAAGUGAGACCAGACAGCGUUUUGAGACUGAAUUCGUCCCAGCAAAAUCAGAUAAAUAUGAUUCAAGAGAUGUGGAGAGAUUGCAGCAAGAUGAUUCCUGGGUUGAAAACUUCCUGAUCUGGCAACAUGAUUCGGUGGACGAAACACUGAAGAUGAUUGAUGAAAGCUUUCAGUGGAGGAAGGAGUAUGCAGUUCAUGACUUGACAGAAUCUUCACUUCCAAAGUGGCUAUUUGAAAUUGGUGCCCUUUAUCUACAUGGUUAUGAUAAGGAAGGCUCUAAAAUAUUUUGGUUCAGAGUGAAACUUCAUACAAAAGAUGCUAAAACACAAUUUGAGAAAAAGAAACUGGUAGCUUUUUGGUUAGAGCGCUAUGCCAGGAGGGAACAUGGGAAGCCGUUGACUGUGGUGUUUGACAUGGCUGAAACUGGACUAAGUAACAUGGACUUGGAUUUUGUCCGGUACAUCAUCAGCUGCUUUAAAGUCUACUAUCCUAACUAUCUCACAAAAAUAGUGAUCUUUGAAUUGCCCUGGAUCAUGAAUGCUGCUUUUAAACUUGUGAAAAGCUGGCUUGGUCCAGAUGCAGUAGGUUUUCUGAAAACGGUCAAUAAGAAUGAUGUCCAAGAGUAUAUCAGUGCUGAAUAUCUUCCACCUCAUAUGGGAGGAACUGACACCUUCAAGUAUAGUUACCCUCCCCUGGUGGAUGAUGAUUUUCAAACUCCAUUGUGUGAAAACGGACCUAUUGCAAGUGAAGAUGAAACUGAAAGCAAAGAAGAGACAGACAUGGAGAACAAGGAGAAUCCAGAUUCUAAUGAAGAACCAGGGUCCAGUUCCAAAAAGACAAAUUUCACAGACCAAAUUCCUAAGCCAGAAGAGACUGAUAAAGUGGAUUCCAAAGCAAAAAAUGCCAAGAAGGCACUAACAACUUUUAAAGGACUUUUAUUGCACAUCAGUCCAGCAGAAGAACUGCAUUUUGGGUCCAAAGAAACAGGAGAAAAGAAAUGCUUGAUCGUUCUAACAAAUGUGACUAAAAAUACAGUGGCUUUUAAGGUGAGAACAACUGCUCCUGAUAAGUACCGAGUUAAGCCAAGUAACAGCAGCUGUGAACCAGGCACAUCACUGGAUAUAAUAGUGUCUCUUCAUGGUGGCUGUACAGCUUCCCUGCAAGACCGCUUUCUGAUUAUGGCAGCAGAAAUGGAUCAGUGCUCUGGGACAGGAACUCAAGAACUGGCUCAGUUUUGGAAAGAAGUUCCAAGAAACAAAGUGAUGGAGCACAGGUUGAGAUGUCAUGUUAUAGGAAGCAGCAAGCCUUCAACUUUAACAAUAAAUGAGAAUGCCUUUAAUGUUCCUGCAAAAACUAAUGAAGAUCUACACCACCAGAUAACACAAGUAUUACACAGUAAUAGAAGACUUCAAGAACGGAUUGAUCAAUGUGUCUGGCUCCAGCAAUUGACUAUGGUGUUAGUGCUGUUACUAGUUGCCAAUGCUGCCUUUUGUUUCUACCUGUUAAGAUAA